AUGGUUGUAGCAACUCAAAUGAAUCCAAUUCGGAUCGAAAAGAUCCGAGAAGUGGAGAUACCGGUUAUCGAUCUUUCGGAUAAAAAGUCUAAAGUGGCUAAGCUCAUUGUAAAGGCUUGUGAAGAAUAUGGUUUUUUUAAGGUGAUUAACCAUGGUGUCCCUAAUCACAUUAUACAAAAUAUGGAACAUGAAAGCUUUGAGUUCUUUGAUAAACCAUUACCCGAAAAGAAACGGGUCGGAUCCGCUAACCCAUUUGGUUAUGGUUGCAAGAACAUUGGUCUUGGUGGUGACACAGGAGAGCUUGAAUAUCUUCUUCUUCAAGCUAAUCAGCAAGAUCAUUUCAAUAUCAUUAAUAAUUCUAAAUUCAGUUGUGCAGUGAGUAGUUAUGUGGAAGGUGUGAAGGAGUUGGCAUGUGAGAUAUUGGAAUUGAUAGCCAAAGGUAUAGGGGGUGGUGUCCCACUCUCAUUCUUCAGCAAUCUGGUCAGAAGCUUUGACAGUGACUCUCUCUUGAGGCUAAAUCACUAUCCACAUCUCAGUGACACGUCACACUCCUUCCAACGUGGCAGCAGCACCAUUGGCUUUGGAGAACACUCUGACCCUCAGAUCUUGACUCUCCUUAGAUCCAACGGUGUGGGUGGCCUUCAGAUAUCUUUGGGAAAUGGCGUCUGGGUCCCUGUUUCUCCUGACCCACAUGCCUUCUGUGUCAAUAUUGGUGAUGUCUUGCAGGCUAUGACCAACGGAAGGUUUACAAGUGUGAGACAUCGAGCAAUGGCUAACACAUUACCUGACCGGUCUAGAUUGUCCAUGGUCUACUUUGGUGCGCCUCCACCAGAAGCACUAAUCACUUGCCCACCUGAACUACUCAAGCAAGAUGAGCCGCUUUAUAGAGCAUUCACUUGGGCAGAAUACAAGUCACAUACCUAUGCUCAUCGUCUUGGUGUAAACAGGCUUGAUCAUUUCAGGAUUGCCUGAUCGUUGAUGCCAAGAAGGUUACAUGGGGAAAAGAAAAGAGGACCAUAAAUCCUUUCUUUUCCAAAACAAAUUUUGCA